GCACUUUUGCCACAGGCUCAAACAGUCAUCCGACCUUUGUUUUAGGAUGUUUGAGUUACCUCUCAGAAAGAACUCCCUCCACAGAAAACUGCUUUUGUCCCACUGUAUCUUAUUAAUGGUGGUUAGCCUGACUUUGUGUUUAAGUAUUUUCUUACUGCAUCAGAUCUUUAUUUUAAGAGAUGAUCUGGAAAAACUCAGCGAGGAAAUUUAUACUCACUUAAACCAGCAUGUAUCAUCAGAUCUUAGCGGUCAAUGGUCUGUGUCUGAAAAGGAAAAGAAAUUAAGCUCAAGCGUUUCUUCCAUCUUACAUCAUGGCAAAAGUUCAAAGGUAUAUCACUAUCCAGUUGCGAGCUCUUUCUUGAGAACAAAGCGAGAACAAAAGGGAUUUACAAAACAACAAUCAUUUCUGCAGCUGAGAGCCAGGACUAAUGAAAAGCCAAUUCAUAAAGGUAACACAACUAUUAUUCCAUGGACUGUUGCUGUUCAAAGAGGAGGAGCUCUGUCCACCACUGACAAUAAAAUUAUUGUACAACAGGACAGUUAUUAUAUGGUGUAUGGCCAGGUUGUGUUCCUCAAUCCUGGAGACAUAAUGGGUCAUUUAAUCCGGAGGCGGAAAUCCAGUAUUUCUGGCACUGAGCAAAGAUUCACAAACUUGCUCCUCUGUAUCCAAGACAUGCCAAACAAAGAAAGUAUCAAUUCAUGCUACACUGCAGGAGUUGUAAAACUUGACCAAGAGGAUGAGCUGGAACUUGUCAUCCCUGACCGACCACAGACCCAAGUCUCUAUGGAUGCUGACUCCACAUUUUUCGGCAUUAUACAGCUCAGCUAGUACAAACAUGUAUAAAAAGAACAAGAUGAGAACAAGAUUCCCAUUGUUUCUGUACUCCCAUAGCGGUUGGAUCCAUUUCAGGUUUUGCAGUCUGCCGGUUCGUGGACUGAUGAAGCAGAAAGUUAUUUCAUAUUAUAUAUAAAUUUUACACAUCUGUCCAUAAAAGUUAACUUAAAUAUAGGACAUCAAGUUUGUAAUAUCCAGCACCUCGGGAUGGAUUAGCUUUCUAUGGAUCAUUAAACAUGAAAUCAAUCAUUCUGCAAGGCAAUGGGAGGUUUUUGUUUCGACAAACUGACAAAUAUUGCUUGAAAGUUAGAGAACAACAAACCUGAAACAUUCUCAGAUGAGGAAUGAAAGAAAUGAUGGACAUGCUUACUGUAGGUGAGCCAACUGCUUUGUGUAUGAACAACAUGCUUUGCAAUUAAAGAAGUAUUCUUUCUCUUGGGAGCAGCUCUGGGUUUACACUCAGUAUAAAAGGAAAACUUUGAGUUACUUUACCGAAAUUUUGAGCCUGCAUGCCUCUUGGAGGUUUGUUCUAAGCUAACUGUUGUAACUGAUUUAUAUUUUAAAACUCCACAGCUGUGUUUGUCUAUGCCAAGCAAAAUUGACCCCAGGAUUUUAACAAACACAUUGGUAAUAUUUUACCACAGAAAUGCAACUUUGUUUGAUCAUAGAAUAAUAUAAGCACUCCGGAAAUGUAGUACCUUUUGUACUUUAUACAGUAACCUUCCCAGAAGGCUGACAACUUCUUUCCUAUAGUUUCAAGCCUCUCCCUUGCUUGUAUAUUAUGACUAAUUGGUAAACUGUAUAGGUGGGUCAUCCUGUGUACACCAUUCCUUCCCCAACUUAUCUGAAUGUAAUAUUAUGAUAUGUUGAUGUGAAUACAACCUCAGAAAAGCA